AUGUUUCAUUAUUAUCUUUUUUUUCUAUUCAUAUCAUUAAUUGAAUCUUGUCCAUUGAAAACAGUUGAUAGUCGUUCCGGUUGUUAUUGCGGUAUUGAAAUCGAUGGUACAAAUUAUAUUCAAUGUCAACCAUAUUCUAUUGAAAUCAUUCCGGAAUUUACUCGUUCAUAUAUUUAUGAUAAGUUAAAUUUAUCAUUUAAUUUUAUACGUAAUAUAACAUACGAAUCAUUUAAUAAAUUACGAGUUAAAAAAAUCUAUUUACAAAAUAAUUUAAUUGAAUUUAUUGAUAAACAAUCUUUUAAUAAUAAUUUACUUAAUUAUCUUGAAGAACUUCAUAUUGAUAUAUUAAAUAAUGGUAGUUUAGAAGUUUUUUGUUAUGGUACAUGGCAAAAACUUCGUAUACUUGAAUUAUCAGGUUUUAAUUUAAAUCAACAUCAAAGUUGUUUUGAAAAAUUUCAUCGUCUUGAAAAAUUAAUUAUAAAAAAUUCAAAGAUUAAUUUUUUAUCAUCUUAUUUAUAUCAACUACCAUAUUUACAUGAAUUAUCAUUAAUUAAUAAUCAAAUUGAAUAUUUAAAUUUUGAUAUUAAUAAUAAUAAUGAUAACCAUUUAACACUUUCAUCAUCACCAUCAUCAUCAUCAUCAAUUAAAAUAUUUAAUUUAACAUCAAAUCAAAUUCGUACAAUAUCAAAUGAUUUAUUUCAACACAUGCCAUUAUUACAUACACUUGAUCUUUCACAUAAUUUUAUUGAAAAUUUACCACUUAUUAAUCAAAAUAAUUUAUUAAAUAUUAAUUUAAGUUAUAAUUUAAUAAAUUAUAUUCAAUUAAAUGAUAAUCAAACUAAUUAUGAUUUAUCAUAUAAUCCAAUAUGUACAUUAGAAAAAAGUCAAUCAAAAAAAAAUUUAUUUUUAAAAAAAAUUACUCAAUUACAUUGUGAUUGUCGUUUAGCAUUUUAUCUUAAUGAUAAUUUAAUAAAUAAAUCAAAAAUUAUAGGAAUUAAUCAACCAUUUGAUAAUGAAACAAAAUGUUCAACGCCAAUAUCAUUUCAUGGAUUAUUUUUAAAAGAUUUAACUUAUGAACAAUUAUUUUCAACAUGUUCAGAUGUUUUACCUGUUCAUUGUAGAGAAGUUAAUCAUUUUCAACAAAUUCAAAAUUAUACAAAUUAUAUUAUGGAAACUACAACAACAACUAUAACUACAACUACAACAUCAACAAUACAAUCAACAAAAAACACGACACAGAUCGAUAAAGUUACUCAAAAGUUGAAUAAUCGUCUUGCAGUAUCAUCAUUUCGUCUAACAUCAUUUUAUACCAGUUAUGAAAAUCAUAGUUUAACAAUCUAUUGGGAUUUUGAUCCUACAUUCUCAUUAAAUUCUUUGACAUUCAUACAAUUUCAAAUUAUUCUUGAACAAGAAUCUUCAUCAAAUACUCAAAUUAUUCGACGUAGUGGUUUUAUAUCACCAUAUCUUAAACAAUAUACUAUUCAUCAUAUUCCAUCAAAUAAAAACUAUUAUGUUUGUUUACUUUUAACACGAUCUUCUUUUGGUACAGAUAAAUACUGUCGAGAAGCACGAACAAAAAUAACAACAACAACAACAACAACAACAACAAUAUCUAAUACAAUUUUAUCUA